UGAUCUCACCGAGUCGACUGCCAAAAUGAGAGGGAUUGUCGUUCUCGUAUUGGCCUUGGCCGCCAUGGCCUCGGCUCGGCCGGACACCGACGACACCACGGUUAUGAUGAAAGGUACUAUGGACAUCAAGCAGAAACAAGUGAUCAUCCUUAAGUUACUGAACCAUGUAAUUGAGCCGCUCAUGUACAUGGAUCUCGUCGACAUCGGCAGGAACUACAAGAUUGAAGAGAAUUGCGACAUGUACACCAAAACUGAUGUUUGCAAGCUGUUUGUGACCAACAUGAAAAUGGGUUUCCUGCCGCGUGGUGAGAUCUUCACCCUUAACGUUGACCGCCAACUGAAGGAAGUCGUUACCAUGUUCCAUAUGUUGUACUACGCCAAAGACUUUGCCACCUUCAUCAAGACUGCAUGUUGGAUGCGCCUCUACCUCAACGAGGGUAUGUUCGUCUACGCUCUGACCGUUGCCGUCAGACACCGUGUAGACUGCAAGGGCAUCGUUUUGCCUCCGCCUUAUGAGAUCUACCCCUAUUAUUUCGUGCGCGCCGAUGUCAUACAAAAGGCUUACAUGCUGAAGAUGAAGAGAGGAAUUCUUGACACCAAACUGUGCGACUUCUACGGAAUCAGGAAGACCGAUAAGGAUGUGUACAUUAUUGAUGAGAAUGUAUACGACCGCCGUGUGUGGCUCAAUGAAGACGACAAGCUCCGCUAUUUCACUGAAGAUAUUGGCCUUAACACCUACUACUACUACUUCCACGUCGACUAUCCGUUCUGGAUGAGGGAUGAGAUUUACGAUAAGUUGAGAUGCAGGCGUUUCGAACUUACUCUGUACGUAUACCAACAAAUCUUGGCCAGAUAUUACUUGGAGCGUCUAUCAGUAGGUCUGGGUGAAAUUAAGACACUCACUUGGUACAAGCCUGUCACGAAAGGUUACUGGCCAUGGAUGAUGCUGCACAACGGUGUUGAACUUGGCAAGAGAAACAACAACUAUGUGAUCGCUCGUGAUGACAAGAUUGACCUUCUUCGUCUGGUUGAAAAUUACGAAAUGAUUAUCAAGGAGGCUAUAAUGAAGGGCUACAUUGAGAUCAACGGCUUAAGGCUUGAGCUGACCAAGACCGACGACAUUGAGAUUCUCGGCAAGCUUAUCUUCGGCAAAAUUAACAAGAUGGACAGAAUGGUUGUUGAUGCCUACCGCUACUUGCUGAUCAUCUGCAAAUCGAUCCUUGGAUUGAACACUAUGACCAGUGACAAAUAUUUCGUCAUGCCUUCCGUUUUGGAUAGCUACCAAACAGCUCUUCGUGAUCCUGUCUUCUACAUGCUUCAGAAGCGUCUCUGUGACUUAGUUUGGCUCUUCAAGAUGCGUCUGCCUAGCUACACUAAAGAAGAUCUUCUGUUCCCUGGUGUUAAGAUCGACAAUAUUGUUGUUGACAAAUUGGUGACGUACUUUGAUGACUACCUGAUGGAUAUGACCAACGCUGUUAUUAUGACUGAAGAUGAGAGGAAAAAGACUACAACUGAUAUGAAGUUCUUGGUCCGUAAGCGCCGUCUAAAUCAUACGCCAUUCAAAGUUACCCUCGAUAUUAUGUCUGAUAAAACUGUUGAUUGUGUUGUUCGCAUCUUCCUUGGGCCUAAAGAGGACCACUUGGGCCGUGUGAUUGACAUCAAUAGGAACCGUCUCAAUUUCGUCGAACUCGACACCUUCCUGUACAAAUUAAAAGAUGGAAAGAACACCAUUGUCCGGGACUCCAUUGAUAUGCACAAUCUUGUCCGCGACCGCAUCAUGACCCGUGAUCUGUGGAAGAAGCUCGAUACCAUGACCGACAUGCGCGACAUGCUCAUGAAGGACCUCAGGAACUGGCACACUGGAUUCCCUACUAGGCUGCUUUUGCCUAAGGGACGCGUUGGAGGUAUGAAGAUGAUGCUGUUCUGUAUCGUGACUCCUUUGAGGUUGGUUGAUGGAGUUGACCUUAACAUUCUGGAUAUGAACCGCAGAGAUCUGUACGUUGACUUCAGAUCGACUGUGCUGCUCGAUAAGAUGCCUCUUGGUUUCCCAUUCGACCGUUACAUUGACGUUGCUAGGUUCUUUGUCCCCAACAUGAGGUUCGUUGACGUCAUGAUUUUCCACAAGAAAAUGGUGUGCGACAUGAAGACACGCUGGGAUCGCUGGGUCCUGAAGAACUACAGAAUGAUGACCAUGAACCCCAUUGAGACUGAUACCUACUUCGUAGAUGUAGACAUCGAUACCAUUCAUGAUCGUGAUAUGACGACGAUGUAUAAAAAUACCGUGAUGGACUACAAUACGAUGAUGAACAGAGACACAAUAAAUAUUUAAACGCUUAAUAUCUACUCGCUUAGAAAGCAUAAUAUUAGACGGAAUUUCUUUAGUUAUGUAUUGAUUAAGGUAAAAUCUUUUUGUGAAAGACGGAUAUUUCAUUUUUGCUGAUAUAUCAUGUUUUAAAAGUCUUGUAUUCGGUAUAGUAAUAAUAAUAUAUUGAGUUGUAAAGUUUUUGAAUAGUAGUAAAAAGAAAUGCCGCCUAAUAAUAGCUUGACUUAACUAUAAAUAAUUAAUUAUGAAAGCAAAUAAAAAUGUGCCAUAAA